GCACUUUGGAACAAUUGAUUCAGUAGCUCCCAGUUGGUGAUGCAUUAGCAAAGCAGUUGCACCGUUUUAAGAAAAUGUUGAAUAGCUUCUUCGCGCUUGCCGUUUGUCUGCUGGGAUGUUUCCUCCACACCAAAUGUGCAGUUUUUAUAAACCAGGAAGAAGCGAGUGCCGUUUUAUACCGCUAUAAAAGGUACAAUGCUGGACGACUGGAGGAAAUGGUCCGAGAUAACCUUGAACGUGAGUGCAUCGAAGAGAAAUGCAGUUAUGAGGAAGCAAGGGAAGUCUUUGAAAACGACGAGAAAACGAGGGAAUUUUGGCUGGUCUAUCUUGAUGGAGAUCAAUGCGAUUCGAAUCCCUGUCAGAAUGGAGCUCGGUGUCAAGACGAUAUUAGCAACUACCUCUGUUGGUGCCCGCCUGGUUAUGAAGGAAGGAACUGCGAAUUAGAUGCGACUUGUGACAUGAGGAAUGGGGGCUGCAAACAGAUUUGUAAGACCAGCCCACCCGAAAAGGCGGUGUGUGCUUGUGUUCCUGGAUACAGACUGAUGAAAGACAAGAGGGGCUGUGAACCCACAGUUCCCUUUCCAUGUGGAAGAAUUACAGCUCCAGAGGCAACAAACAAUAAACUCACCCGCAGCCCAAACCUAAUUGAGCACUGGAACAUCUCCACCAAUGUUACCGACAAUGACCUUGAGGCAGGAGAAGAGUCAGAGAAUGCCACCCAGAUAGUUUCCAGGAAAGCCAUCGGUGUUCGAGUGGUUGGUGGCCGCGAAAGCAAGAAGGGGGAAGUGCCUUGGCAGGUUUAUCUGCUGAAGUCUGACGGCAAAGGAUUCUGUGGAGGUUCGAUCAUUAAUGAGAAGUGGAUUGUCACCGCUGCUCACUGCACUGAGGUUCAGAUACACAGUAUUGUAGCAGGUGAAUAUAAUGUGGAUGUUGACGACCACACUGAACAGCGCCGCCGGGUCAUAAAGGUGAUCCCUCACCCCACCUACAAUAAGACCAAUAAGUACCACAAUGACAUUGCCCUCCUCGAGCUGGAGUCGCCGCUGGAAUUCAACCAUUACGUCACUCCGAUUUGCAUCGCAGACAGAGAUUUCACCAACAAGCUGCUCCGACUUGGAUUAGCCACGGUGAGCGGCUGGGGCACGCUCCUCCACCAAGGGAGACUGGCCAACAUCCUCCAAGUGCUGAGGGUUCAGUAUAUCGAGCGGGCGAACUGCUUGAGGAACAGCAGGUACCCCAUCUUGCAAAAUAUGUUCUGCGCGGGCAAUCCGGGUGAAGCGCAGGACACUUGCCAAGGUGACAGUGGAGGUCCGCACGCCACCGACAUUGAGGACACCUGGUUUCUCACAGGGAUCACCAGCUGGGGUGAGCAAUGUGCUCAGACGGACAAGUUUGGCAUCUACACCCGAGUUUCCAGGUACAGUAAGUGGUUAAGAGAAAAAACAAGGCUUAGAUGAAUUAGGGAUGUGGAAAGAGGGUGUGCCCUGGAACCUCGUCCUUUCCCCCCACCCCCCAAAAUAGUUCCACAGAAUUAAAACAAUUGAACGUAUGUUUCUUUUAGAAAAUGGUUUACAUGGGAAUUGCUACUAGGAAAAUGAGAGGUAGUAUUGAAUUGCCGUGAGCAGCCCAGAGGUUUUCAAACUAUUGGGUCGUACAGAAAAUCAAAUCAAAUCAAAUCAUAAUAACCAUAAUACCAACCGACAGGCAGAGUUGCUGGGCUUGGGUCACUGAAACCAACACUCUUUCAACAAGCCCUAAUAGCUCCAGAUCGCUCCAAAAGAUUUUUUUUAAGUACUUACCUCACAGGGGAGUUGUGAAGGCAAAAGACUGGAUAGUAAUGAAGCUUAGGAAAUUAGCAUGGCAAAUGCAUUAAAAUGCAAAAUCACAUUGCAUGUCUGUAUUACGAAGUAUGAUGAAACCCCAAAUAAAAUACUGCAUUAA